AUGUUGGACGCAAAGGGCAUAUCUCGUGGGACUGAUGAGCCGCAACCGCCGCCCACCACCAUGAAGCCCUUUACGGACCCCCUCCCCAAGCCGCCGCCGCUCUCCCGGCCACGGCCCUUUGACCCGUGGAACUCGUCGUCGUCCGGCCACCAGCGCCGCGAGGCCUCUCGCCGCGAGACCGACGGCGUCUCCGAGACGAGCUGGCGGACCUCGCGCGGCCUCAAGCUCAACCGCCAGUUCAAACCGCAGCAGAGCCACAUCCCGGCCUCUCCAACACAGGACAGCAAACAACAACCGCCACCGCAGAAGAAGAGUGUCGUCGAGAUGCUCGUCAAGCCAGGCUCGAUGAAGGAAAUCAUCUCGCUGCCGGUUGCUGAACAUGCUGGAGGAGGAAGCCCAGGCCGGCAGCUCUUUGACGGCCUGGUCGUGUACAUCAACGGCAGCACCUUUCCGCUCAUCUCCGACCACAAGCUCAAGACGGCCCUGGCCGCCCACGGCGCCCGCAUCGCCCUGCACCUGGCCCGGCGGCAGGUCACGCACGUCGUCCUCGGACGGCCGGCAGGUGCAGCGGCGGGAUGCGGUGGUGGUCUGGCCGGCACCAAGAUGGACCGCGAGAUUCGACGCCUCGGCGGCAAAGGCAUCAAAUACGUGGGCGUUGAAUGGGUCCUCGAAAGUAUCCGCGCCGGCACACGACUCCCCGAGGCGCGCUUCUCCAACCUUAAAAUUGCCCACCAGGGCCAGUCGAGCGUCUACAGCCUCGCAAAGAAGCCAGCUUGA